CACGUAUCGUCAAUAAACCGCGCGUACUUGCUGAAUACUCGGCCAAAUUUAACUUUUCGUCUGUGUGUCUGGAUCGACCAUAUUUUUCUAUUAGUCUUAUCACACUUUUUCCUCCCACGAUGAAGUAACCCAUCAUUUUGAAGUGGCUAUUAGUUUUUGAAGAGGCUUUUCGGACAAAAAAAUAGACUAUAACAGUGCAUCUUUUCCGUUUUCGGACAAGAUUUUUUAAAGUGUGGAAUACAAUAGUGUUUCUAGAGUUUUAGUGUGUGAAUUGAGGGUAAAAUGGCGAAAGAGGUGAACUGCGAUGCGAUUCUGGCGGAGCUUGGCCAGUUCGGGAGACACCAGGUCCUGAAUUACUGUUUGAUCAUGAUCCCUAUAAUGUUCAGUGCAGUGUACAACGCGAAUUAUGUCUUUAAUGCUGGCAUGGUCCCACACAGAUGCGCAGUGCCAGAAUGCGAGUCCCCACCGUACCAGUAUGAGCCCGGCGAGUGGGGUUUCUGGGCGCUCGGGAGCCAGUGCGCGCGGCCGGCGCCCAGCGACGAUGGCGCCUGCGCUCAGGGCGCCUUCAGCGCCAAUCAUACCGUGACGUGCGAUAAACAUGUUUACGGUAACAGUGAUACCAUUGUAGCUGAGUUCGACCUGGCGUGCCAAGAAUGGAAACGCACGUUGGUGGGCACCAUACACAGCGCGGGCCUGUUCGCCGCGUUACCGCUUACCGGCUAUGUCUCCGACACUUUCGGCCGUCGCACGGCGUUCGUCAUGACGGCAGUAUUGGCAGCACUGAUGGGCCUAAUACGCUCUUUCUCCGUCAACUACGUCAUGUACCUCGUGUUUGAGUUCUUAGACGCCACACUGGGCUCUGGCGUCUAUAGCACUGGCUUUAUUCUAGCCCUAGAAAUGGUGGGUCUAAAACGGCGAGUGCUCGGCGGUAACAUCAUCUCCAGUUCCUUCGCCAUCGGUCAAGUGAUUCUCGCCCUAGUGGCAUGGAACGUCCCCUACUGGAGGCAGUUAACCCGCGUCCUCUACGUACCAUCUUUCCUCUUCAUCUUCUACUACUUCCUCAUUGAGGAAAGCGUGAGAUGGCUGCUAAGCAAAGGCAGGAAACAAGAAGCUGCUAGAAUUAUCUAUAAAGCUGCUGCUAUCAAUAAGAAAGAACUGUCUCCAGAAUCCCAAAAGCAGUUAGAAUCUCACGAUGAGCCUACAGAAGUCGCAGUCACUGAGCAAACGUCUUUUAGCGGACCGCAGAAGAAAUCUCUGUUCAAACAAGUUUUGAAAUCAAAGAUUCUCAUGUCACGUCUCUUCAUUUGUUCCUUUUGGUGGAUUACCGUAACUUUUAUCUACUAUGGACUAUCAAUCAACUCUGUUUCUCUGGCUGGGAACCAAUACGUGAACUUCAUGUUGACGUCUCUGGUGGAGAUUCCUGGGUACGCGCUUAGUGUGCUGACGCUGGACCGCUUUGGACGCAAGAGUUCCAUCAUGACAGCGUUCUUUGUAUGUGGAUCCGCUCUCAUCGCUUUGCCUUUUGUUCCUCCGCACAUAUCCUGGAUCCGCACGUGUCUCACAAUGCUGGGCAAGCUAUGCAUCAGCAUGGCCUUCAGCUCCAUAUAUAUCUACACGUCGGAGCUGUUCCCUACCGAGGCGCGACACUCUAUGCUCGGAAGCUGUUCUAUGAUUGGAAGGAUUGGCAGCAUUGUGGCUCCUCAGACACCAUUACUGAUGCAAAUCAUGGUGUCGCUCCCGUACCUGAUAUUCGGCGUGAUGGCGGGCAUUUCUGGCGGACUCAUGCUGCUCACGCCGGAGACUCUACGCCUACGCCUACCGGACACGAUAGAACAGGCGGAAGCUAUGGUGGUCGCGCCGCGGACGAGCAAACGUACAGAUAUCAUCGUGGAUUAACCUGACUAUGAUGGUCCACAGCGACACACAGUCUGAUAUACGUAGGUGUUGAUACGUUAAAAGCGGCCAUGUUUCUCUACACUUACUACCUUCUAACGAAGUUGCACAGAAAUAAAAUUACUUGAUCGCAUAUAAAGUUAUAAACAUGGAACGCUACGCUCAAGAUUUUAACUUAGAACCACUCGCUUCGCUCCUGAUUCAAUUAUAGAAUCUUUCGCUUUCUCGGGACUCAAAAUAAACACUCGCAAGAAAAACCAACUUUCCUCUCUUGUUGCACAAAUAACAAUUUUAUGUGAUACUUAUCUAUUGUGAGAUAGCGAGGAAAGUGCUGUUCGGGUAUUUGCUAGUUAAAAAUAUAAGUUGCUUAACUUUUCGAAUCCCGGUGACUUCGUACGCAGCUAUAUAUCAAAUAUAAAACUUCAAGUAUUUAAAUACAAUGGGAAUCGAAACGUCAAGAAGUAACUUAUAGAAGUUUUAACACUAAAAGUAUUUCUUUCAAAAUAAAAAAAGUUUUACAAUAAUAUUGUACCCAAACUAUGUGGAAUAUACUACAAAGUGAUUACACUGGUCAGUUAGUUAUAAGAAUUUUAUUAUAUUACUGUACAAUUUUACUAAAUUAACAUUGUUAUUGUGCCAUUAUGUUUCGUCUACGUCUUAGUUAAUAUAAGGUGAGUGUAUAAGGUUUGUGGAAUCUAAGAAAAUGAAUCGAAUGAUAGAAGUUACUUUGUACAAAUCAUUUACAGUUAACAUAUUGAUAUGGCGCCGUACAGUCGCCAUCAGAUAUAUCGGGGCGGCCAAGGUGCUCACAAAUAUGUGAACACGCCUCUAUUGUCAAGGCGUUAGAGUGCGUGUUCAGAUAUUGUGAACACCUUGGCCGCGACUGUACAAACACCAAUACUCUUAACUGUCCAUCGGUGGACCUUUAUGCCUUUUGUAAUAAGGAUUACUGUCAGUUAACAGUGUGGGCGAUGGUACUGCAACAACACCAUUAGCUGUCAAACGCGGAGCACUGUUUUUUUCUUAGAUCUUACACAUCUUAUAAUCAGUGUAAUGUCUCGUGCUCUCAGUUUUAAUGUACGGUCAAUACGGGUAAUUAUAGCUAAGGGAUAAUUGUAACCGGCCUUCGCUUUAAUUGCUUACGAACGCGAAGCGAAGCGGCGUGGCGCGGCGCGGCGGGCCCACGGCGUUCGCGUUCGCAACGAGAUCGCCCGACGUAGGACACUCCUAUCCUUCUGAGACCCAGAAGCAUUUGUUUUGUUUUUGAAUUUGGAACCCUUAGUUACUCAACAAAAGUUCAAAAUAGAUUGUGGAAUAUGUACAAAAAUUUGUACGCGGGGUCUUAGGAGGCUAAUAAUAGGUAUCAAAGGAUUGAUUUACCUCGCGCCGUAUCGCGUUCGCGUGUUGUUCGCCUACGUAGUACGCUGCGUUAGACAUUGAUAAGUGUUUAUUGCUAGUUAAUUUGCUACUUGCGUUUAAUGGCUAAUGAACUUGCACUAAACACUAAUCAAUGUGUAAACAUGCCAGAUACACUUACCCCGCAGCCACACUUAACCGUAUUUACCUUACGUGAAUGCGCUGGUCGCUUUCAUGUACAAGGGAAUCAUAUUUCUUGUAUUAAGUAUUUGUAAUUUUAUUAUAGUCUACAAAAUCCAUUUUUACGUAAACUGUUAACCUUUUCGACGCCGUGUCAAACACAAAAGCAGUCAUCCAGACGCCACGUCACCGAAGUGUCAAAACUGAAAUUGAACUUUAUGGAUUUGCAUGUAGGUCUAUGUUGCUCUGUGGUAUAUGACCGAUUAAUCGGUCUUUGGAGUUGAAUCUACGGUGCGUAUAUAUCGGUCAUUGGCGUCUAAAAGGUUAAUAAUGGACAAUCCUAAUCAUGUCAUUUUAUUUGACAUCAUUCGUUCAACAGGUUAUGUAGCAAUAUCAUGUACAGUUAGCAACCGAAGUUGCUAAGCGGGCGAGGUGUUCAAAAUUACCUUAAAACGCUCUUAUUCUCUUAACAAUAAGGUCGCGUCAAGAUCAUUUUGAACACCUGGCCCGCUUAGAAACUUCUGCAUAAUAGCAUAACUGCUGCAUAACUUCUGCUGAAUAGUUAGCAAACUAUACGUACAAUUGCGCAUACUACUAUAUUUUUGAUCAUUUUAUGAAUUGUCAAUCAUAAUGUUUAAUUAUGAAAUUUAAUUUUAUGAUGUAUUGAUAUUUCAAUUUUUUGUAUUUAAAUUGCUAAAUAAAUGAUUUAAAAAUAAAUGUAGUAUAAUCGUUGCGAUUUAUCAACACUUGUUAGACAAUAUGAUAAUUAGUUGUAUUGAUAAAAAUUGUGAUUUUACCUUUUACUAUAUCUAGGAAUUUUAUUUAUUAAAUAAGUACG